AUGAGUGACACUAAAUUAGAGGAUGAAUACUUCGAUUUUAAUGGUGUAUUUCCCGAAUGUACAGAUGGUUUCGACUGGGAUACAGGGGCAUUUAGAGGUCGGGGAGAUGCUAAUAAAUUCACAACUUUGUGUAGUGGCCUUAAUUUAAAAUUAACAACUGAAAAUAGAUCCACAGAAUUUUCACAACUAUGUCGUGUUCUUGGUUUAUAUUUAAAGCAUAUAGAAACAAAUAAAAAUGAACAUGCGCAAAGGUGUUGUAAAUUAUUCUAUUAUAAACUAAAAAAAGAUAUAAUGGAUAAAUUUAAUUUAAAAUGUAAUGAUGCUAAAAGUUGUUAUCUGGAAAUGGCAAAUCAUAAGGCAAAUGGCUUAGAUACACAAAUAUCUGAUAUAUGCCUGAAACAUUUAAUACAUAUUGAUGGUGAUACUUUUAAAAUAAUGGAAUAUCUUUUUGAAAUAUAUAACAAAGUUAAUCUUUUUAAUACUAAUAAUCAGAGAACCACUAGUAAUAUGCAUAAAUUUAAAGAGUACAUAGAAAAAUUAGAAAUAUAUUUUUAUAAAUAUAGAAGCGAAAUUAAGGAAGAACUCGGAAAAAUUAUUAAGAUAUGCGAAGGCUAUAUAAGUGAAUGGGAAGCUGAUAAGCGCUUGGCAAAACAUGCCUCAGAUCUCCUAAAGUAUGAUAAUUGGAUAAACACAAGAAAAAGGAAACUCGAAGAGGAAGAAGAAGAAAAUACAAGAAGUGAUUGGAGACCAACAGAAACCUUGGAAAGCAAAGUAUUAUAUGCGAAAGCUAUAAUGAUCCCUCGGACAGAUGAUUAUACCCAUUAUUUUUCAUUUUUAAAACCAAGUGUACGGAAAUUAAGGAGUAUGUUUAAUAAAAAUAACAAAAAUAAUAUGGACCUUAUGUAUUCAUUUGAUGUUGAAUACAAAAAUUCAAUUGAUGAUAGAUAUAAAAUAGCAUAUAGUUAA